AUGAGUCGGGGGACUCGGGGACCUGGAGCGCCACAGCAGCAGCAACAGCACAAUGUGCCGUCGGGCCUUCUGCAGGAUCACGAGAACCAAAGGCUGUUUGGUCUCUUGGGCCGAAAAUGCUGGACCCUGGCAACCUCAGUGGCCCAACUGUACCUGGCACUACCCAGCACUGGCGGGCGCUGGCAGAAGGAAGUGAGUGGAGCCAUUUGCUUCGUGAAAGACAAUCCUCGGCGUUCCUAUUUCAUCCGCCUCUAUGGCCUCCAGGAAGGACGCCUCCUCUGGGAGCAGGAAAUCUACACCCAGCUUGUCUACUCGGCCCCCACCCCAUUCUUCCACACCUUCCCUGGUGACGACUGCCAAGCCGGCCUGAACUUUGCCGAUGAGGCUGAGGCCCAAGCCUUCCGAGCACUGGUAGAGGAGAAGAUUCAGAAAAGAAGCCAGAAACAGAGUGCUGCUGGAUCUCUCAGCAUAGAAAGACGAGGGGGCGCCCCACCCCUUCCUCUCCAGCCCAGUGGGGACCUCGGCGUCCCAGCCAGCACCGUGGGCUCUGCAUCUCUGGGCCUGGUUGCCAUAGACAUCCAGAACCCAGACAUUACAUCCUCACGGUACCGUGGGCUCCCUGCACCGACUCCCCCUCCCCCAGACAAGAAGCGCUCAGGGAAAAAGAAGAUCAGCAAAGCUGACAUCGGAGCCCCCAGCGGGUUCAAGCACGUCAGCCAUGUCGGAUGGGACCCUCACAGCGGAUUCGACGUGAAUAACUUGGACCCUGACCUGCGCAGCCUCUUCUCCAGAGCCGGGAUUAGUGAGGCCCAGCUGACAGACGCAGAGACUUCAAAGCUCAUUUAUGACUUCAUUGAGGACCAGGGUGGCCUAGAGGCCGUCCGAGAGGAGAUGAGGCGGCAAGGCCCUGUUCCUCCCCCUCCGCCGCCAUCUCGCGCCGGACCCCCUCAGCGGCCCCCCGGCUCCUCUUUGGUCGGGAGUCGGGGAGGUCGGUCAGGGCCUCUCCCCCCAGUGCCUUCUGGGGCUGGUGGGACCUCUAGUGGACUUCCACCAGUUCCACGGGGACCCCCGCCUCCUCCUGGCCGUGGGGGUCCCCCACCUCCACCACCCCCCACCUCCCACUUGGGGCUUCCAGCACCCCCACAGCCAUUGCCACCAGCUCCUGGGUCAGGGCCACCCCCACCUCCACCACCCCCACCUCCACCUCCACCAUCUACACCUUCAUCUGCGGGGGCCGUGGCCCCCAGAGGCCGAGGGGCCCUGCUUGAAGAGAUUCGACAGGGCAUUCAGCUCAACAAGACACCGGGGGCCCAGGAGUUCCCAGCUCCCCCACCCCCAAGCUCUGAGGGGCUGGUGGGGGCCCUCAUGCAUGUCAUGCAGAAGCGGAGCAAAGUUAUCCACUCUUCAGAUGAAGAGGAGGACCAGGGUGCUGAGGAGGAUGAGGAUGACGAAUGGGAAGAUUAAGGAAUCACCGGCCUACAGAAUAGCCUUUCCCUGCUGCCCGCCCCCGGCUCUCAAACAGACCCGUGACUUUGCUCCUAUCCAAGAAUGUGGAACAUGAAUAAAGUUUAGCCCCUGUUCCCACCA